ACUGUUCAAGUAGACACCGAAAAAGCAGUCCCCGCAACACACGCCCCUUCCUCAGUCCCCCUCUCUCUCCCCUGUCUCUCUAUAAAACCCCUAAAUUAAAUUCACAUUUCCCCGUCUAUUUUCUAGGGUUCUGCCCCAACUCAUAUCAAUGGCCACCUCUUCUUCUUCCAAAACCUCUUGUUUCCAGUGCGAAGACUCCAUCUCCGAUAGCUUCAAACACGGCUGGCGUCUCCGCAGUGGCGACGUCGCUCGUCUCUGCAAUCGAUGCGGAUCUGUUUACGAGGAUGGUAGAUUCUGCGAAACAUUUCAUUCAAAUGAUGAUGGUUGGAGGGAUUGUGAAUCUUGUGGGAAGUUGGUUCACUGUGGAUGCGUUGUGUCAUACAAUGCCUAUUUGCUGUUGGAUUUUGGUGGAGUUAUCUGCAUGGAUUGCUCAAAACGGAACUUUAUUACGGCUCGAAACCGCUGCUUAUCGUUGGAAUCUCAGGCAGGAACUGCAAAUCUAUCCAUAGACUUUGGCAAGAAAAUUCACGUAGAACCUUGUAAUUUGCCUUGGGUAAACAACACAGAGCUGCAACAGAUCUCAAGAAAACCUAGAUCUAUCAUCACUCCUUUGUUUGAGAAGAUGCUAACUGCUAGUGACGUGGACCAUAAGCUUGCACGCCUUGUGAUACCCAAAAAAUAUGCAGAACAGGCAUAUUUUCCAGUCGUUACUGCACCACAGGGGGGUCCCGUUGAAUUCCAAGACACUGAUGGUAAAGAAUGGGUGUUUAAGUUCCGGUACUGGCCCUGUUCUUCCAGCAGAACGUAUGUAUUAGAAGGGCUUCGAGAUUAUAUGAGUGCAAUGAAAGGGCAAGUUGGUGAUAUGGUGAAAUUUUAUCGCAUUGAACCAGAGGGGACGUUGGUGAUCGGAUUGAAAAAAGUUUCUGUUGGUCCUUCAUCUUGAGUUGUCAGCUUGAUAGCCCUUGAUGAACUUGUGACAAUACAUCGACGAAUUUGAGUUGGCGUAUACGUUUUCGCUAGGAUACUUGUCAUCAAGCUCCGUGGUUGGCGGAGAAGAUUAUGAAAGACUUGGCCCCAUUUCAGCUUGGACGAACUUUUAGCAGGCCUUUUUAAUGUUUGUAAAAGCUUAUGCUAAUAUAGUCGUGAAAAAAGAAUAUGUUGUGUGCAUGAUAUUUUUAUUCACGAUCAAGUAUAGUUGCACAUAGAGUUCAGUUAUAUAGAAGUUUGAACAAUUUACCUUUCGCAGAGAUUUUUGGGGUUUACUAAAGACCUCUUAGUGCUAACUAUUGGUUUUUUUUCUUA